ACGAAUGCUGGAUGCAUCGGUCUAACAUUCACCGUGCAAGCUAAAACGACUCCCUUCGUUCUCGAACUGAAGCUCCAUAGGACUGGUGCCUUGGACGUAUAAUCUGAUUACAAAUCAAAUGUGAAUCUGAACCAACACAGGUUCGACAACUGCCAAGUGGAGUAGAGCUACCCCAGACACAAUCAUCAGGCCCUCCGAUAUCCUCAAAAAUGCGUGUUCAAUCUACAAAAGAUGAUAGGAGUGCUGGUGAUACCUCGGGACAAAAACAAGACCCCAUUGAAAGGAGACGUUUGCAGAAUCGCCUGUCACAGAGGAAUCAUCGCCGCAAGAUCCGAGAUCGCAUUGCCAAACUCCAAGAGCGUGUUAUCGCAAGUGAGCUACGUGCAGCAGCCAGCUUGAACGGCUGGGAUCAUCCAAACCCACUCGUCUCAUCACCGGUAGAGCGGAUACCAACUGUAUACGACCCCGAAGGGCACUCUUCACCUAUCCAGGAGGCUUCAUCAGCUCUCACCUCUCCAUACCUAUCCCAAUCAAGAGUCGUCUGCUCCUCGUGCAAUAACGCUUUAGGUCCAAUACCUGUCUUUUCCCCGCAGUCAUCAUUGCCAUCCUCUCUAUAUGAAGUCACGAACGAAUACGACCCCACUGCCUCCUCAAUGAGAAACGGUCUAUACUACCCGCGACAGAUCCCGAGCUCCCUCAGUCCUGAAAUGGUACAAAAUAUGUCCAACCUCUAUCCAAUGGACCCUAACACGCAACCACUCUGUGAGCAAUGGAAUGCGCCAGGUCAAUACCCGGGGUCAUCCCUAUACUACAUAGCAACAGAAAACUCGCUCCCACAAGUCAUGCAAGCCUUGGGCUCCGGGCCCUCGCGUCCUAAAGCAAUAAUUGUACUUCCACCAAACGGUCACCCGAGCGGACUGCCGGUAACGAUGCCUACAUCACAAUCUUCAUCACCGGGAGGAAAUGGGUCAGAUAUGCCCGCAAACAGUCCAUUGAAUAUACAUGAACCCCCUUGUCAAUGUCAGAACCAGGGACUGAUGACACCCAAUGAAUGGGUGAACUCUGGAUCCUCUGCGCCUAUUUGUCCUUUGCAUCAGGUUCCGGCAGGGGAAAAUAGUAUGCAGCUUAUGAUGCUCUAAACGGCCGAAUAUAUAUAACGACCUUUAUUUCUCCGUGCGGGAGAUAGAUGAACCCG